GAUCGGACGGUGGAGAUUUCUCGUUCUAUUUUCAGUGAGCGGGCUCCCUAUCAUCUUCUUCUUCCUCGUCCUCCGAUGAGAUUGAGCGCACGGAGGAUCGGAGAGGGGGGAGGUGCGCCAUGGAAUGAGAGAGAGAGCUCUUUGUUCAUAAAAGAGAAGGAAACCGCUCUACUCCAUGUGAGCAUCAAAAGCCAAAAACCGUUCCCUUCUCCUCAUCUCCUCUCGAGGUUUAUGUUUUGCAAUUCGGCAACUUUUCGAGCCUUUCGGAAUUAGGAUUUUGGAGUAAUAUAUUGAAUGCUUGAUUUGAUCGAUGCACGUCAUUGCUAAUAGCAUGUAGCACUGGAAUGAGCCGAACUCUGCUUCCUAGACAUGUGGCUGCUGUCAUAAGGCACCAGAAGGAACCUCUUAGGGCUCUUGAUAUGUUCAAUUCUGCAGCAAAAGACGAUGGAUUCAGGCAUACACUCUACACCUACAAAUGUAUGGUCGAUAAACUUGGACUCCAUGGCGAGUUUAAGGCCAUGGAGACUGUUAUCUCAGAAAUGAGAUCUAAUAUUGACAAUUCUUUUCUUGAAGAAGUGUACGUUAGUGCGAUGAAAAGCUAUGGGAAAGGAGGGAGGCUUCAAGAGGCUGUCAAUGUGUUUGAGCAAAUGGACUUUUUCGGUUGUGAGCCGACCGUUAUAUCUUAUAAUGUAAUUAUGAACAUCUUGGUUGAAUAUAGAUACUAUGAUCAAGCUCACAAAGUGUAUCUGAGGAUGCUGGAUAAGAAAGUUAUUCCAGAUGUCCACACCUUUACCGUUAGAAUAAAAUCCUUCUGCAGAACAGGAAGACCCCACGCAGCUCUUAGGCUUCUUAGAAACAUUCAAGAAAGAGGUUAUGAUGCGAUAGCAGUUGCGUAUUGUACAGUGAUCUGUGGACUUUAUGAAGAUAAUUUUCAAGUUGAGGCGUAUGAUCUGUUCGACGAAAUGCUUAGAAGAGAAAUUUUCCCUGAUAUAGUUACCUUUAACAAGGUAAUGCAUGUGCUUUGUAAAAAAGGUGAAGUUUUAGAAAGCAAUAAACUUCUUGCCAAGGUUAUGAAGCGAGGCAUGUCCCUAAAUUUAUUUACAUACAAUAUACUGAUUCAGGGGCUCUGCAAAGAAAGCAAGUUGACAGAGGCCAUCUCUUUGUUGGAAAAUUUGGAUAGUAACAUGGUUCCUGAUGCGAUCACUUAUAAUACACUUAUAAGCGGCUUGUGCAAGAACGCUAAGGUUCUUGAGGCUGAGAACUAUCUACACAAAAUGGUAAAUCAAGGCUGCGCUCCAGAUGAUUUUACCUACAAUACUAUUAUAGAUGGGUAUUGCAAAAUAGGUAUGGUACAAAAGUCUUCUGAAAUCUUAAAGGAUGCAGUUUUUAAGGGAUUUGCCCCUGAUCGAGUAACAUAUUGCUCUCUCAUUAAUGGUAUGUGUCAGGAAGGUGACAUCAAUAGGGCUCUGGAAUUAUUUAACGAGGCUAAAAGCAAAGCCUUGAAGCCCGAUAUUCUUGUGUACAACUCGCUUAUAAAGGGUCUCUCUCGACAAGGCUUAAUCUUACAGGCGUUGGAGGUCAUGAAUGAGAUGUUAGAAAAUGGCUGUAAUCCAGAUAUUUGGACAUACAAUAUCAUCAUAAAUGGGCUAUGCAAGAUGGGUAAUGUUUCUGAUGCCCAUGUUCUCUUGAAUGAUGCCAUAGUAAAGGGUUAUCUCCCGGAUGUGUUUACUUUUAACACAUUGAUUGAUGGGUACUGUAAGAAAUUAAAAUUGGAUAGUGCUUUACUGCUUGUUGAAAGGAUGUGGACCCAUGGGGUCACCCCUGAUUCUGUCACUUACAACUCUGUGUUGAAUGGCCUCUGCAAGGCUGGGAAGACAAAAGAUGUUUUGGAAGUGUUUAAUGAAAUGGUCUCAAAGGGUUGUCGCCCUAACGUUAUCACGUAUAACAUAUUAAUUGAGAAUCUCUGUAAGGCCCAUAAAAUGGAGGAGGCUUCAGAGAUCAUAGUGAAGAUGAGGAGUGAAGGAUUGAGUCCUGACAUCGUUAGUUUCAAUACUUUGAUUCAUGGCUUUUGUAGGAAUAGCAAUCUCGAUGGAGCACAUGAAAUUUUUCGUAAAUUGGAGCACGAAAAGUUCUCUCCUACAAUUGAUUCAUAUAAUAUUAUGAUCAGUGCUUAUUCUAGCAAACUGAACAUGCAUAUGGCUGAGAAAAUUUUUAGUGAGAUGGUCAGCAAGGGUUGUUCACCUGAUGCAUAUACGUACCGUGUCCUUAUAGAUGGAUACUGCAAGAGUGGAAAUGUCGACAGGGCGUAUAAUUUUCUUAUUAGUAUGGUUAAUGAGGGACAUAUUCCAUCAAUGGCAACCUUUGGACGUGUAAUAAAUUGUCUUUCUGUAAACCACAGAUCUGAUGAAGCUGUUGGUAUCAUUUUGAUUAUGGUGAGGAAUGGAGUAGUUCCUGAAGUAGUCCAUACCAUUUUGAGUGCCGAUAAGAAGGCAAUAGCAGCACCGAAGAUCCUUGUAGAGGAAAUGUUGAAGAAAGGUCACAUCACUUACCAUGCCUAUGAACUUCUUUAUGAUGGAAUUAGAAAUAGUAAAGUGGUGAGGAAAAGGCGAUGGUUGAAAUUAAUCUAAGGUCGCUGACUCGCUGUGCUGGUCAACACUCUAAUUGAGCACAUUUUUGAAAGCUGAAUGAGUACCUUCUAUCACAUUGUCCUCCUGAAGAAACGCAAUCUUGUAAGAUUGGAACUAACCAAACGCAAGAACUAUAAGCAACUCAAGAUCCCUUAAGAGAUGAAAUCCUUUACUAUUGAGGGUAAUCAAGGUACAUUGAGAGUAACCAAGUUCCCCUGAAUGGAAGCUUUGUUGUGGAUAUAUGCAUGGUGGAGAGGGGGCCCAACAGAGACCAAAGACGACGUUCUGAGCCAAAACCACGAGCAAGUUACGUAACCAAAAGAGAGUUUUUCGCAGAACCUUGUUAAGAACAACGGUGGAUCCAUGUGCUGUUUCAUGUUAGAUCUGAAUUGGUGUUGCUGCUGCAAAGGGAUUUGCACCGGCACUGAUUAAAGGUAGCGCUUGGCUGUUCAGCUUGCUAAUCUUCUGAAGUCGCAAACUGCGAAAAAGGAUUUGAGAACUCCGCAUUCCGUGUCCAAUAGUAUAUCUCAAUUAUGUUUCACGGUUCGUACGCGAGUUUAAAAUAUAAUGUAUCUAUUUUCGAACAAGGCAUCAUGUUUAAUUACAAUGCUUUGUGGAGGUGAUUUUCGAAAUUGACCUUUUCCAGGAGCUACUGAACCCAAGAACGGUUGUGUAUGGUGGAAGCAUUGCGUUGGGAUUUUUAUAUUUUUUAAUAAAAAAAGAUGGAGUACUACUCAAAUGAA